GGCGGCGUUGCCCUUUUAAGAAUCAGCCUCCUUGAACUCUCUCUUAACGGGGCGUCCUGGCGGGGCUCGCGGAGCACGACAGAAGCCCGCCUCCCCGCGCGGCACUUCCGGACCCCGGCGUCGCCCUUUUAAGAGGCAGCCCCCAGCAGCGCUCUCCCCCGCCCCUAUUGCCGGCGCGCGAGGCGGGGCAGCCCGGCUGGAGCGGAGCGCUGUCCGCGCGGCCACUGGAGACCGGGCAGCCGGCGGCCGGGCAGGCGGUGGCGGCGGCGGAUGGGGACGCGGAGCCGGGCGGCUGUGGGGGCUGUGACUGUGGCGGCGGCGGGGAAGCAGCUGACGGGCCGGCGGCGGCGGCGGCGCUGGCGGCGGUGACUGGUCCAGGCCCCGGCGGCGGCUGCAGCGACGCGGUGGCGGGCUGCGGGCGGGCGGCGUGAGGAGCGGCGGCGGAGCGCGGAGCGGCCCGGAACCGAGGGCGCCGGGCCUCCCGUUGCCCAGUCCUCGCAGGCCGCCAGGCCCCCUCCAGCCGGGGCCGUGGAGCACCGAGGCAAAGGCCGGGGCCCCCCCAUGAAGGAGCGCGACGCGGCCCCGGCCGAGCGGGGCAAGCCGGCCACCUACACCGGGGACAAGAAGGCGAAGAUGGCGGCCAAGACCAACAAGAAGUGGGUCCGGCUCGCCACCGUGUUCGCCUACGUGCUCUCCGUGUCGCUGGCCGCCAUCGUGCUCGCCGUCUACUACAGCCUCAUCUGGCAGCCGGUGGGCGCGGGGACCUCGGGGGGAGCCGCCGGCCCGCCCCCCGGCGGCUCCAACGCCACUGGCCCGUCCGGGACUUCGGGGGCGGCGGCGGCGGGGCCCAACGCCACGGGGUCCUCCCGCCGCGAGGCGCCGCGCGACGCGCCCCCGCUGCAGGCGGCGCGGCCCAUGGCUCCGGGGCCCUCGGCCGACAGCCCCCUGGCCGGGCCGCUGGAGCAGCCGCGGGGGCCCGAGGAGGACGAGGAGGAAGCCGCGGCGGCGCCCGGGAGUCGUUGAACCCUCCGCGCCAGGGGCGGCCGGGAAACGUCCUCUUCCAGCCUGGAGGCAGGACUUUGCAGCAGGACCCGGCGGGGAGCCCGCGGGAGUGACCCCCACCGGAGUGAACGCUCCCUUCCCCCCGACGAUCGCCGGCUCUCCCCGGAGGCGAGUGGCCUGCAGCCUGAUCUUCAGCCAAGGGACCACGAUUCUCCGGGGGCUCCGGGUUUGGUCUUCCCAGGACCUUGCUGCGCCAGGGCCCUGAGCCAUAAGGGGCAUGGGGGAGGGGCGGGGAGAUCCCAGCACCGAACCCUUCUCCGCAGCUCGCUCUUAUGUAUCCUACAUGCAGGGGUGACUCGGGCUUUCCCCCAAGACUCAGGGGAAGGAGGGAGCUGUAGGGGCUCUUCUUUAAUAAGCUGAAGCUCUCGCAAGGAGGAGGGCACCUAAAGUAGUGGAGCUCAGGUAUGUCAACCUAGUUGCAGUGGCCACAGAUGCAUUUGAUUUAUAGAUCCCUGUAUAUAGUUGUUGACAUAUGCACUAGAAGCUAUAAUUACAUAGAACUAUAUGUAUCCUCCCGCACCCUGGGUAGCUACUGACUGAUGGGGUCAAGCAACGGCUAUUUGCUGGCCCCCAAAGUGCAGCUAGCCAGAAGGGCACAAACACUGUUUUUUUCAUCACCCACUCUUUCCCCUAUUCCCCCUCCUAUUUCAGAAAGAUAGGUUUAUGACACAAAAGAGUAUAAUCAUUCUUAGACUUGUUGAAAGGACAGUGGAAAACCUUAGGAGAAGUAGAAGCAGUUUAGAGAGGGUGGGGAAUGUACUGAUCGCCUCCUCUUCCCACCCUAGUGCCCCCACCCAAGAGGCUUCCUGUUGCAGCCUAGAGUAUCUGGAGAGGGGCCAGGGCAGAAGGAAGGGAAAGAGCAAUGCCUCUGUGCUUUGAUUCUUGGCCUUCUCCUCACAGAGUUCUUUUAGAAAAGCAAGCUUGUGUAUGUAGAGUGGCUCACAAGUGUUUUAUCUUUCUUGCUUUUUUUUUUUUUUUUUUUUUUGCUGCUUCUAAAGAUCUUGUCUUGUGCCAGUCAUCACCUUCACCUUCCCUCCUUCCUGAGCCUGUAGUGACAAUGUAGCCCUGCGAUUAAGAUGAAAUCUGUGGCAAAACCAGAGCUUUGAGAAUGUCCCCUGGUUUUGAGUUUUGUAUAGAACUGGAAACGCUGAAAGGUGGGCUUCAAACUCAGGAUCGUGCUUUGAUAGCCAGAUAAUAGACCAGCCAUGGGAAGGUUAAAUUGGCUUGUCUUUACCUCUCCUGAUAAACCCUACGUAUAUGCAGCCUAUACUUUUAUUGAGAUGAGAAACAUCGAGAGAAAUGACAUAUGUAUACUCUGGGGCAGCAAGAAUUAUACAUCAACUUGGACUCCAUUUCCUUCUGCCACUUGCUUUUAGGCAAUUGAGUGUGGGUAGUGACAAGAUAUCAAAACCCUUAGUGUUUCCUUUUUGGGAAAUGAGGCACUUUUUUUUAAAAAAAGACAAAAACGUAUCCACCUGAGUCCUGAAACAGUUUGUCUCUCCAGUUUUCUGGCCUAUACUCUAGUUAGCUCUGAUCCAAGUUUACAGGACAACAGCCUUGUUUUAAGCCAUGUCCUGCUGUGGGCAAGAUAACAGCAGCUGAGCUGUCACAGCCUAGGGGCAGGCUGGUAGCUCCCUCAAGGUGUCUUUGGAGGAGAUUUCUGAGCAGCUGACUUGACUUUGGUCAUUAGGAAGCCUUUGAGGCCUUUUUAAAUUUUGGGUGGGGCUCUGGGGGGAAGAAACAUAAAAUGCCACUUUAUAACUUCAAUAAUAGCUUGUAAUUUAUAUUUAUUGUGUGAAUUUUUAGUCCUAUAUUUUAAUAAUUUGUAAAUUAAUCUCUUAUUCCAAGAAUCCUUUGAACUUGCGGAAGUACAUCUGGGAAUCCAGUCCCCUGUCCCCAUCCUGACCCCUGCAUUUGGGACUGUUUAAUCCACUUUGGGGUGGAUUACAGAGUCUAGAGAGACCACUCGCAGACCCAGCUGCUGGCCUCCUGCCUCUCUAAAGCCUUCACUGGAACUGGGACAUUAACUCCAGCUCUAGCUGGGAACACGACCAGAGACAUUAUUUAUAACUCAGCCAUUUAAGAUAUACCUGUACUUAAAAAGUCCUGUAUAUUUUUAAAAAGUUUUAUUUUUCAGGUGAACAAAAAUACAUUCUAAGAACUCUAUGUAAGUUGAUUGUUUCUCUUUUUCAUACUUCUUGGGGAAGGAGGAGAGGGUGGAAGAGGAAAUGGUCUGAGAUGGUGGAUGGGUGGUGAUGAAUAGGUGUAGGAGGAAAAAGCAAUUGCCCUGCUGUUCUCUGAGCCUGAUGGCUUGACUGAAUUGAUUAGUGAAGGUGGCAGGAAUCCAUCUUCAUCGGGAAGCAAUCAUGGGGUCGGAAGAACAGUGAUAUCUAGAUCAGCCACCUUAAAAAUGUUGAAAAAAUUCGGCAUUACAGGACUCUGAGCUGCCUAGCUGAGGAAGCUAAGAGACCAGUAAGUGUGCAUAUUAAAAAUUAUUACAAACACUGAGCUGGCUGAGAGCUGAGGUGAGGAUAAAGCCUCCUGAUAGCAUCACUGUUCUCAUCUUUAAAUCAUUGGCCCCCGGGCAGCUCGAGAAGCACUAACACUGGGAAAGCCACACCUGUGCGCCUGCAGUGGUUGGUCAGAGCUUUGUCUGCGAUGGAGGAAGCGAGAGAGCCAAAUGUUGAGAGAAGGUGUAGGUUGCUUCAAAGGUUUGAUGGUUGCAGAAGAAUUUGCCCUGGAGAGCUUGUUAAGAAGGAGGCAGGCCUAAAAGAGUCCUCCCUCCCUCUUCCACAAAGUCCCUCCAGCUCUGUGCCUGUGUUCCUAAUAGCCAUGUCUCGUGAAGAACUUCCCACCUUUGAGGAGCAGUCUUGUCUGUUGGUUGGAGAGAAGGGCAUCCAAGAGGAAGGCUCCCAGCCAGGCCUUUAAACAAAGGAGCCAGGAAGAGAUACACCAGCCUUUCAUGACCCCAAGCCAGCUCCACCCGCUCCCCCAAGCAGAAAGCACCGGUGUGGUGCUCCACCUCCUCAUCCUCAAGCAUCUCCUCGGCUGCCCUGGAUCCCAGGCUGCUCCUCGCCCAGUUCCGGCUGACCACCCGCUUCUCCUGCAGAACGAGCUGUGGCCCUUUGGAGACGAGGGGACAACACUGAGAAUGGAAGUGGUGGGUGCACCCCAGAACUGUAAGUAAGAGAAGCAGAGGAGCAGGGACAGUUGUCCUCCCCCAGCACAGGCUGGGCCUCCACCUCCUCGCCACCCCACCCUAUCUCCCGGGUGGGGCUUACGCCAGGAAUCUGGCUGAUGGUGACAGUGAGGCCAUCAGGUCGGAGGAGCUCCGGCGUGGUCACAGCCAUGCCCCCCUGCUCUGCCUGCCGACGGUCUUCCUGGAUCUCCUGUGGGAGGGCCUGGGAUCAGCACAGGCCAUGGCCCCCCCAGACGCACAGAGACACAACGCUGACAGGCCUACACAGAGAGACACCAGUGGGACACCAGGGGGCAGAGCUCCAUAUCACAGAGUCCCCAAGGCCCUCGCAGAGCCUUUGAGAUGGAUCACACCCACCCUAACCCUGUCCCCAGGCCCAGAGCCUGCAGGGAGAGACCACCAUGCAGGGGUCUGCGGGUCAGACAGGGAGUGCCAACCCGGUCAGUCCUCCCGGCCCUGUCACAGCCCACUCACCUGGUACCUGCGUAGUAAGGCCUGGUUCUUCUUGCGAAGGGCAACUAUCCUCCGAUCCAGCUCUGCGUCCUUCUCUUCCUGUCUGCUCAU